AUGAUUGAUGGGAAGCCUAAUGUUGGUAUAUACAAUACUCUGAUUCAUGGUUUUGUGAAAUAUAGAGAGUAUGAAAAGGCUUUGGAAUUUUAUAGUAGGAUGAUUAAGGACCGGGUUAAGCCGGAUGUAAUUACAUUUAAUAUUUUGAUUAGUGGUUAUUGUCGGAAUUCGCAAUUUGAGUUGGCUUUGGAAAUGUUUAAGGAGAUGAGGGAUAAGGGUUGUGUUCCUAAUGUAGUUAGUUUUAAUACUUUGAUUAAGGGGUUCUUCAGGGAGAGGAAGUUUGAUGAAGGCAUUGGGAUGGCAUAUGAGAUGAUUGAGUUGGGGUGUCAGUUUUCAACUGUGACCUGUGAAAUUUUGGUUGAUGGGCUUUGUAGAGAAGGAAUGGUUUCCAAGGCUUGUGAUAUUAUGAUUGAUUUCUCAACAAAUGGUGUUCUGCCCAGUAAAUUUGAUUAUUUUGCUCUAAUUGAUAUUUUGUGUGGGGAAGGGAAUGUGGUGAAGGCGAUGGAGAUUGUAGAUGAGUUGUGGAUGAAAGGGAAUGCUCCAAGCUUAAUUGCUUGUACUACUUUGAUUGAUGGCUUAAGGAGACUGGGAAGAACCGAAGAGGCAUACAAAUUAAUUGAAAAGAUGCUCAACAGUGGUAUUAUUAUGGAUAGUGUGACUUAUAAUUGUCUUCUUCGAGAUAUGUGUGAUGCUGGAAGAACAGUAGAAGCAAAUAAAUUGAGAUUAUUGGCAUCCAGAAAGGGUUUGGAUUCGGAUGGCAUGACCUACAACAUUUUGGUAAUUGGGUAUACAAGGGAAGGUAAAAGAAAGGAGGGGGAAGUUUUGGUAGAUGAGAUGCUAGAUAAAGGGUUUAUACCUGACAUAGCAACUUACAACAGAUUGAUGGAUGGCCUUGCUAAUAGGAAGAAUUCUCUUCGGUGA